AUGGCUGUUGACGAAGAUUUAGAGGCACUUAACUCUCUAGAGAAGGAGGCCUCUGAGUUCACAAAGGAUGCAGAGAUCGACCGCAUAAGAAAUGCAUUCCAAUUAGAUGCCUACACCGUCCUCGACCUGCAACCCGGCGUACCGGAAUCUGACAUCAAGAUCCAAUACCGCAAGAAGUCCCUCCUCAUCCAUCCCGAUAAAACAUCCAACCCCCUCGCCCCCGAUGCUUUCGACCGACUCAAAAAGGCCCAGAUGACUCUUCUCGACGAAAAGGCCCGCGCCAACCUCGACGAGUCCAUCGCCGACGCCCGUCGGCUUCUCAUUCGCGAACACAAGUAUUCUCUUGAUGCUCCGGAGCUCAAGACGGAAGAAUUCAAAAAGGAGUGGCGAAAGAAGACGGUGCAGGUGCUGCUGGAAGACGAGGCGAGGCGGAGACGGCAAUUAAAAGCGAAAUUACAGGAAGAAGGCAGGGAGAAGAGGAAGGAGGAAGAGGAGCUGGAAGCAAGGAAGAGGAAGAGAGACGACGAGAAAGCGUGGGAAGAGAGUCGGGAUGAUCGGAUUGGGAGCUGGAGGGAUUGGCAGAAGGGGCAAAAGGGUAAGGGAGAGAAAGAGGGCGGGAAGAAGAAGAAAAAGAUGAAAGUGUUGGGUUGA